AUGUUGCAAGUUUUAACAUCGGAUAAACCUCAUUUAAAAAAGAAUUAUAAAAUUACCGUCCAACAGUCCAAAUAUCUUAUGCAGAAAUCUGCUCUUUUUGAUAAAUUGUCUACUCAAUUUGCUCAACUGGCUUCGAAUACUUCUUUGAAUUCUGAUUCAAUUGAAGAAGCUAAUGGUUUGCCAAUGCUUUGUAUCGAAGCUCCGGUACAUGGCGGUUUAGAAAUUGUUGAUGCAUCUUUGGACUGGUUAUAUGCCUCUGCCGACAUAAAAGAUGUUUUAACUUCUUCACUGGCAUCGAAGAUUAGAACCUAUCAAGAUUUCUUUUCAUUGCUAAACUUCACUACUUUAUUGGAUCUUUAUGAACCAUUUCGUGGUGCUGUGGAUCAAAUCUUGGUAUAUUACUAUUUUGGACUGUCAGUAGAAGAAAGACGUGUUGGCAUCUUGUCUAAUCAUUUGUUUGUAGAGGGAGUAAUCCCCGGAAAUUUUGUAAAAAGACUUGCAGAAUCAGUUAAUGAAGAUGCAGCAAAAGAAAUUUUGAUCUCUUUCUUUAGAGGAAAACAAUUAAAAUCAUUAAAUGAUAUGAAUGAAGAUGAAGAGUGGGAAGAAUUGUCACUCGAUGAUGAUAUGGAAUCUCCAACCAAACGGGCAAAUAUUUUGGAUUGGAUAAAUUCCACAACUACACCAACUCCUCGUCAUGUUUCAUUUUCCGUUCCCAAUACACCUUUGACUGCGUCUUUGGAUCAUGCGGAACCGCCGACUCCAUUAGGGUCUGCAUACUUUCGUUCCCUACCAAAUAUUCCAUUAGGUUCUAUUCCCAGUUCACUUCCUCAUACCCCAAAGAGCGUUAAAUUUAAACAGAUGCCGAUAUCAAAUUCAGCUUGUAUUGUACAAAAUGGUUCUUUGUGUGAAAAUCUAAAGUCCGUGAACGAAUCUGGAUUUGUUGAACAGAAAUUAACUGUGCCGAUCACACCAAAGACACCAAGCACACCAGGCAUUCCUACAUUGGCAAAUUCACCAAAAGUAAAAACUCCUACGACACCUACAAUUGUCAUUAUGGAUUCAGACUUGCAGAUCGAAAAAUUUGCCAAAAAAGAUUAUUCAUUUAUUCGUCGUGAAUUAUUUGAAAAUGCAUUAAACAAGAUGC